GCAGGGAGGCCUGAAGUUCGCAGUGCGACACUGGGGACUUGAGCAGCUUCAAGGCUGAGGCCCCGAGUGGAGCGCCAUGCCGCGAAAGAAGCCAUUCAGCGUGAAACAGAAGAAGAAGCAGUUGCAGGAGAGGCGGGAGCGGAAAAGGCAGGGGAGAAGCUGGCAGCAUGAUGGAAUAGAUUCCAUUUGCCUGGAUGAGUACAGAACCAAUCGGCCUGUCUGUUCAGGACCUCCUUGUUCCACAGUGGUUGAAUGUGAACACCUGCACGACAUACUGGUGCAAUCGUAAAGUAUUCUUCACCAGCUCCUCCCGACGCCACAACGACUGCUGCUCGGAACAAGGGCAGCGGCGAAAGCAGCACAGCUUCACUUACAAGUUCCCAAUCCAAUUACACGGUUCCUUGUCAUUUAAGUGGAAGUUAUUGCCACUUGUACAAAUGCAAUGUAGUACGGAUACUAUGGAAAAAUCUGCCUUCAGUGGCAUUGAGUGGACACCUUAUUCACAGGGGUUGCCCGGAAUGUCGGACGAGUCUUCAGUGGGCUCACUAAUUCCGUCUGCACACCGCUCUCCGUCACAAAGAUAAAGGGUUUGGUGCUGACAUGAUCAGUUAGAAUUAGACUCUUUCCUCUCCACCACUUUAUUCUGGCAUCUUCCCCUUCCUUUCCCGUCCAGAUGAAGGGUCUCAGCCCAAAACAUCAACUGUUUACUCCCCUUCCUGACCUGCUGAGUUUCUCCCGCAUUUCCAGCAUCUGCAGAAUCUCUUGUGUUUAUAAUUAGAAUUGGUUCAUAACGCCAGGUAGAUUUAUAGGUUCCCCUUUCAUGUCAGAAAGGAACGAGUGGCAAAAAGCAAGUUUAAAAUUCCAAUACUAGAUUAAUUGCCGAUAUUGAGGGUACUUGGAGCCACCCAAGGAAAACGAGUCAACUCUGCGCAGGCAGCGCCGGAGGCCGGGACUGAACCUGGGCCACUGCAACAGCGAGGCAACGGCACCUCCAACUGAGGUGCAGUCCCGAUCCUCCACCGCAGGCAGAACCCUCCCCAGCAUCGAGGACCUCUUCAAGAUGAGGUGCUUCAAGAGGGUGACGUCCAUGUAAGGGCCCUCACCACCCAGGGCGUUCCCUCUUGUUAACUAUCACUGGGAAGGAAGUGCUGGAGCCCGAAGACUCUGAGUCAAUGUUUUAGAAAACUGCUGCCCCCCCCCCCCCCAUCAGACUUCUGAAUGGUUCAUGAACACUCAACUGGCCGAUCUGUCUCACUCCCCUGUGCCUCCUCGUCACCCUCCGAGAUUCUGCCAACAACAGUGAUGGUAUCGGUGAAGUUGUGGUGUGCCGAGCCCCUCUGUCAUGACGGUAGCUAAGACAGGACGUUGAAGUGCGCCUGCGUCGAUUGUCAGAGUUCCCCUCGCGAUCUGAGGACGUGCUGGCUUCUCCGAUGGCGUGCGGUCCAGCUCCCACAGCCGGAGCGGGAGUCACGACCGGCACGAGGAGCAGACGGACACGUCGGAUGGCGAGUCCUUCUCCCUGCAGGUCCGCAAGGUCAACCAGCAGCCGGUGCUGCGGAAGCUGGGAGAGCAGGGAUACGACCCCAACAGGUUCCGGCUGCAUUUCGAGAAGGAGAGCCGGGAGGAGAUCGAGCGCAGGAAGAAGUUAAUGCAGGAGAAGAUUGUGGAGCUCAUUCCCGAGGCCGAACUGGAGGUGGACAUCGAUGACAUUUACAAGCCCGGCUCUGUGUUGGAUUUUCCAAAGCGCUCCCCCUGGAGCUAUUCGAUGACGAAGGAGCAGCUCCUGGUGCAGGAGGAGAAGGCUUUCCGCGAGUACCUGGAGAAGAUCUACAGCACGUUUGAUCCCGCCAAGCUCAGUUACUUUGAGCACAACUUGGAGACCUGGCGACAAUUGUGGAGAGUUUUGGAAAUGUCCGAUGUCGUUCUACUGAUCACAGACAUCAGGCACCCGGUGAUUCACUUUUCCCCGGUGCUGUACGACUACGUGACCCAGGAGAUGAAGAGGAGCCUCAUCUUGGUUCUGAACAAGAUCGACCUUGCCCCGCCCUCUCUGGUGGCAGCCUGGAAGCAUUACUUCCAGCAGAAAUUCCCUCAGCUCCACGUCCUCUGCUUCACAUCGUACCCACGGGAGAAACAGGGCGAGACAGAUCCCAGCACAGUGUUUCAGAAGCGGAGGAGACGGAGGAGAAUCCGAACGAUGGCGGUGGGCCCCCGACAGCUCCUUAAAGCCUGCGAGACCAUCACACAGGGCAAAGUGGACCUGACCAGCUGGAGGGAGAAGAUGGAGAGGGAUGCCGCAAGCACUCACCGCGAGGAGCUGACGGACGAGGAGGAGGAGGAGGAGGAGGCCGUGCUGGUGGAGCACCAGACUGACGCGGCCAUGGAACUGUGCACGGCCACGGACGAGCUCUACAAGGAUGGUAUCCUCACCGUGGGCUGUGUGGGAUUCCCAAACGUGGGCAAGUCGUCCCUCAUCAACGGGCUGGUGGGGAAGAAGGUGGUGAGUGUGUCGAGGACCCCAGGCCACACCAAGUACUUCCAGACCUACUUCUUGACGCCCACAGUCAAACUCUGCGACUGCCCCGGCCUGGUCUUCCCCUCGCUCGUGGACCGUCAACAACAGAUCCUGGCUGGGAUUUACCCAAUCGCUCAGAUCCAGGAGCCCUACACCUCGGUCGGCUACCUGGCCGCCCGGAUCCCUGUGCAGAAGCUGCUGAAGCUCCGGCACCCGAGGGCAACGGAGGAAGGUUCUGAGGAGCAGGCGCAGGCUGAGUACACCGCCUGGGACCUCUGUGAGGCCUGGGCGGAGAAGAGAGCCUACAAGACGGCCAGAGCAGCUCGGAACGACGUGUACCGUGCCGCCAACAGCAUCCUGCGUCUGACGGUGGAUGGGCGUCUGUGUCUCUGCAUGCGGCCUCCAGGAUACACGGCGCAGAAAGCGCACUGGCUGCAGCACAGCGAGACGCAGGAGAUCGCCACCCUCCAGGAGGCCCACCGGCAGCUGCAGGGCAAGCAGAGCUCAGAGGAGGAGGACGAGAUCUCCAGCUCUGACCAGGAGGAGGAUGAGAAGGACCGCGAUGCGGAUGAGGAGGAGGAGGAGGACGAGGAGGGUGAGGAGAAAGGGGAAGCCUGGCGCAGGGCAGACCAAUGCCCAGCGCUGGCCAGGGGAGCUCUGCUCAGCACCAAUAAGUUCUCCCUCCUGGGAGAGGAUGAGUGUUGACAUCCUGGUGUUCUCAGUGUGUCCGGCCGGGAUGGUGGGACCAGGGACUCUUUGGAGGACAGAAAUCCGAUGCAUGAGCAUCUUGGGCAGGUGCGUUGCCCCUGCUGUGUAUUAAUUACUUCAUUCCGGAGUGCAUUGAGGAGCCCCAUUCCUGAUCUUGCUGUGAAUGUACCGCUCUGUUCCAAUAAAGCUUUAUUUACCUUAAA